AGCGCCUCCCCCCCCCCCCCAACUCUGACCAGGAGGAAGCACUAAUGGCCUCGGUCUCCUCGUCAGGAGAAAGUUUCUGGAAGGUGGAGGAGCUCGUCUCCUCCUUGACUCGAAUCUUCACUCCAUCCAACGAACCAGACGCUUCGACCAAGACCAGGGAGUCCGAAGCACAGCAAUCAGAACCUCCUGCCCUUCCUUCAGGGAGCCCCCCGGAGGACGAAGAGCAGGGGGGGGAGGAGGAGAGUCCAGUAAUCUACUUCGCGUGCUACACGCUGCAGGGGCACAAGCGAGUGAUUCCCAUCUGUGAGGAUCAGACCUACCAGGACUUCCUUGACUUCGUCGAAAACGAGUUCGGCUCCAAGUUCUGGCCCAGCCUGGUGGAGCAGGCGUCCGGCUUCCGCAAGUACGUCCUGCAUGACAAUGACUUCGCAUGGCUGUGCGAGUACGCGCAGCUCAACGGAGGAUACGCGGACAUUCAGCUAGAGGUAACGCCGGUGAUGUGGCCGGACGAGUACGAGGAGUACUCGAAGCUCUUCAAGUUGGAGGGUGGGAUGGAAGGGAAGGGAGGGAAGAGAAGACUGCACUGAAUUAAACUUGAAGGAAG